AUGCCCUGUGAUACAACCCUUUUGACACCGAACUCAACCGAGGGAACUACGACCAAUGGCGGUAAGGUCGAUGGUGAAGACUUUACCUGUAUGCUCCAGCUAUCGCUCUCGGAGGCUUACCCGGACUUGGGGCAUGAUGGCUCGUUGGACUUACUCGAUCUACCAUUGCCGGGUGAAGACGAGCUUAUGGAGCUACUGGAAACGACGCCAUCUGAUUGUAAUUCCGGUGGUGGAUUCAACUUUGACUUUACGACUUCGAACACAGAGCAGUUUCCGCAGUCGCCAACCGCUGCACCGUCAUUGCCGAAUGAUAGCCAGCCUCGCACCAGGCCGGAAACGACAAGCCCUCCAGACUAUAAUACGUUAUUUGACUUUGACGAAGCAACGGAUGUUCCGCCGCCUGCUUUCAACCCGAAAGAGAAAUUACCGAUUUCGAAUAAUGGUACAGUCCACGUCGACUUUUCUGCCGCAAAUGUCUAUGGCCUCCCUGAGUUCAUCUCUCAGGGAGUUAGAGAUAGCCCAAGACAUGAGACGAUCAAGAUUGUGAACGGUCUACGGCGAGUUCUGUGCGAGAGUACAGUGGCGUCUGGCGAAGAUGGACCACUUGACAGGACGAAAAAGUUUCCUGGAACCGACAGUACUCUUUCAAGAUACUGCGAUGCAUGCUUUGAAGAUUGCUGCCCUAUUGGUGACUUUAUGACGAAAUCUGCAGUCGAGACUUGCCUACGAGAUCGGCAAACCCGAAGCGUUGGAGAGUCCCACGAAGCACAGAAGCGCCUUGCAUCAGCCUUGUGGAGCUACAAAGACAUCCAAAACUGCCCGAGCACGCUACUGAAAUUUCAGGUCACUCUGAUCAUGGCAGUGAUUGCAUACGUAUGCGAAGAGUCCUUGAUUUGGGAGAAAAUCACUGCGGCAGUAUGUUGUGCGCGUGACCUUCGUCUCGUUCACGCGGCAAGAGGUCAGCAAACCAGCAUGAGCGAUCAAGAUCAAGAGCUGGCUCAACGGGGAGUUUGGUUUCUCUACAGCCUCGAGACAGACUACGCUAUCCAUCAUGGGAUGCUCCCAAUACUAGAUCUGGGUUGGGGGAUCCAGUUUCCGUCGUUCGACAAAGGAGACGACAUGAUUGCCGUGUCAUACACCUUCUCCGAGCUUCUACACUCGGUACUCAAAUUUCAGUAUAGUCCGAGAGCUCUGAACAAGUCUGCAUCGGCAUAUGAUCGUCGCGAUCGGCUGCAGGCCAGCUGCCAUGUCCUCAAUGAAUGGCUUAGUGGCCUGCCGACACCUCUCAAUGAGGCGAACGAUGCCGGGGUUCUCCAAAGUGUAAAGGACGACCGGCAGCUACGGAAGGCAUUCCGUGUCUUCUGCAUGUAUCAUCGGGCUGUGUUUUUUAUCCAUUGCCCAUGGAUAACACCCAUCGCCACAGAUGACGCGGAUGUGUACGGUGUUGCCGGGCAGACCAGGGAGAGGUGUGUUGAGCGCUGUGUCGAGUCGGCAUUUACAGUUGUUAAGCUCGCAAACUGUCGGAUUAGAAGUCCAAUUUGA